UCUGCAUAUAUAUGUUUCCUCUUUCUCCAACACUCGUAUCUCUCUGUCUCGGUCAUCUUCUACUUGUAUGUCCAACUGUUUGGAGUUCUUAUGAGUCCGAGAGAAAUGGAUCAACAAUAUUCCAGGGACUUUCCGAUCCUAUCCUAUAUCCUGUCAAGGCUCGACCCUGAAUCCAAUCCACCACUCUCACCCCAACUCCAAGAAACUCUGUUGACUCAGCUUCCCCACCUGAACCACCCCAAAGUCCUUGCCUCCAUGAUCCACCUCAUACCCACCACCCUCUCUCAGACCCUCUCCCUGCUCCGGGCCCUUGGUACUCCACCCGACCCGUCCACCGUGGUUGUGGCACGUGCUAGGAUCGCUGAAAUCCAGUCUAAGCUCCAAAACAGUAGUAGUAGUGCCCUUCAAGAAACCCAGAACUACUCACAAGUGAGAGAAGCGGCAGAGAAAGAGUUGGAGAUAUACAAGGCGGUGGUGAGGUUGGAGGAGAUGCACGAGACCUAUGAGGAACAGUUGAGGGAUGUGGAAGUGAGGCUUGCUGAGGCAUAUGGCUCGGUCGUGGUUGAUUUAGAAAAGGAGGAGGGUGAGGUGAUAAAACUGAAUGCGGAAGUGGUCAGGAUUUUGAAGGAGGCAGAGAGUGGGGUAGCUGUUGAAAGAGUUGAGCUUUCUGGGCGUCAUCUGAGGUUUCUACCUGAGGCUUUCGGGAAGCUUCAUGGGUUGGUCUCUCUCAACCUGUCAAACAAUCAGCUACAGUCAAUUCCAGAUUCAAUAGCAGGACUUGAGAAACUCGAGGAGCUCUAUGUUUCGUCCAAUCUUUUAGUUUCCUUGCCCGACUCCCUUGGAUUGUUACUUAACCUGAGGAUCCUCAAUGUGUCAGGCAACAAGCUGGAUGCCCUUCCUGAAAGCAUUGCUCGUUGCAGUUCACUGGUGGAGCUAGAUGCAAGCUUUAACAACCUGAUGUGUUUGCCAACAAAUAUUGGUUAUGGGCUACUGAAUCUCGAAAGGCUCUCAAUCCACUUGAAUAAAAUCCGUUCCCUUCCACCAUCCAUCUGUGAAAUGCGGUCACUGAGAUAUCUAGAUGUUCAUUUCAAUGAGCUUCGUGGGCUGCCACAUGCAAUUGGGAGACUGACAACUCUUGAGGUGCUCAACCUGUCCAGCAACUUCAGUGACUUGACAGAGCUUCCUGAAUCAAUUGGUGAUUUAACCAACCUCAGGGAGCUUGAUCUAAGCAACAACCAGAUUCGAGCUCUUCCCGCAAAAUUUGGUCUGCUUAGAAACCUAAACAAGCUCAACUUGGAUCAGAACCCGCUCGCGAUUCCGCCAAUGGAGAUAGUAACUCAAGGGGUUGAAGCUGUCAAGGAAUACAUGGCACAGAGGUGGCUCGAUAUCAUAGCAGAGGAACAACAGAGGAGCAUGCUUGAAGCAAGCAAACAAACAGCUCAGACUGGAUGGCUGGGUUGGGGGACCUCCUUGUUGAAUAACUUGGUUUCUUCGGUCUCCCAUGGUGUUGCAGGUAAUCUUGGAGGGAAGAAAGAUUCUAGAGACCCAUGUCUUGAUCAACAGUUGUGAUCAUCCAGCUUUCUCUGUAAAUAUUCCUCUGUAUAUAUGUGUAGUCUGGACAUUUAGUUAUGUAUGAAGUCUGGUAUCUGUAAGAUAAUACUGAUUUUACUGUAAUUGAUGGUAUACAUUGUUUUUGUGUAAAAUGUUCUUGAUAAAAAUAAAAAUAAAAAUAAUUAUUGA